AUGAGGUUCGCAAAGAUCGCCGACGAGGACGGUCUGCGAUGGGAUUCGGCUUCUUGUCUGGUACUGUUAUCAUCUGCUCUGGGCGUCACCACUCAACCAUGGAAGAAGCCACCAGAAACCCAAUCGGAUACACUACCGAGAGCUGGAGAUGCGCGAGAUACAGUCCCAUUCUUUGAGAACAAGACAAACGCAGAAGCGUACUUUCUCGCAGCCAAAAAGAGACUCGGUCUUUUGGGCGAUAGCUUGUUAGACAUCCAGUGUCUCUUUCUGGCAUUCAUCUACGAAAAGACGUAUUUUCGGCACCUACAAGCAUGGUCCUAUCUUCAACAGGCUGCCGCUAGGCUCCAGGUUCGGCUUCUCAAAACUGGCACCAGGCCAUGGGCAACCUGUGCAUCCUCUGGACCCAACGAUCUCCAUAUCGAGCAAAGAGUUUUUUGGUCUUGUUUCAGAGCUGAGAGAGAAUUUCUACUCGAGAUAGACCUCCCGCCCAGCGGCUUGGGAGACUUGUCAUAUCCUGAUCCCCUUCCAGAGCCACCACUCACGUUUGCUACCUUGGCUGCCGAUGCCGAGACAAAGGGCUUGUCUCCAACUAACUACGACUCGCAAUUUGAAGAGAGAGGGUGGUGUUAUUACUUGGCCGAGAUCUCCCUGAGGCGAACCAUUGAUGAUACGCUUCAGCAUCUCGCUGAAGGCGGAGAGGAGGCUUGGUUAAGCAACCCUUCCCAGCUCGUCCGCCAGUACCAUGAGUUGGAGAAACAGAGAUCAAUAUGGCGUUUUCAUCUGCCUGCUAUCGUGCAAUUCGACGAUGAGCAAGUCCCCGACAACGAGUUCGCAUUUGGUCUCCGCAGCCGCUUUCUCGAAUGGAACGAACUCCUCCUACGUCCUAUUCUCUACCACGUCCUCCACUUACCUUCUGAUCAGAUAGCACUUCCAGAAUGCGUCGAGCUUGCAGAGAAGGCAGUUCAUGGAUGCGUACAGAAAAUCCACGAGUAUCAACACACCUUGCGGCACGGUGGCUCCUGGUUCAUUACCCGUCGCAUCUUUGGUUAUGCUUGUCUCGUAUUGGCGGCUGCGAGACAGCCUGAGCGCAGGAUCAAGCUUCCACUAAGAUGGGGGUCUGCCAUACGGGUUGCUAUUCAGACAUUAAGGUUUUGGAGUCAAGACGCGGCGGAUGUGAGACAUAUGACUUCAACCCUGGACAUGAUGUUUUCUAGAACGUGUUUAUAA